AUUCAACUUCCUCCACCUAAUAAUGGGCGUUGCCUUCUCAACUUCUCUGAAAGGUGUGGCGCAUUUGGCACAUUGUGAAAUUCCUCCUCUGACAUCUGUCCUGUCUUUUCACUAAGUUAAAGACUUUUAUCUGCAUCCAACACAAUGGCAGCUUGGGAUGACUUAGACCUGCUCUUGGACUCCCCCUCCUCGCUGACUGUGACAUCUAAUGUAAGAGGAACUGUGAAAGACAACCCUAACUUCAAAGUGGACGCAGACGUGGCUGCACUGAGGACAGCCAUAGAGGGCCUCGGUACGACAGAAAAGACGCUAAUCGAUGUGUUGACCCAAAGAAGUAAUGCUCAGCGCCAGAUUAUCGCAAAGGCCUAUGAGAAAACCACAGGGCGGAAACUAGUAGAUGACCUGGAGGGCGACACCCAUGGAGACUUUGAGGACUUGUUAGUAGCAUUGAUAACACCUCCCGAGGUCUACGACUGUCAUGAAGUCAUCAACGCCAUCAAGGGUGCAGGGACCACCGAGAGUACGCUGACAGAAAUCUUCGCCUCAAGGACCAACAGGCAGAUCGAGGCUCUGUCUGAAGCAUACCUUAAAGAAACUGGGAGACUGAUGAUUAAUGAUCUGAAGUCAGAGGUUUCUGGAGACUAUGCCAAAGCGCUGCUCAUCUUGGCUGAGGGGAAGAGAGACCAAAGCACCAAUGUGGAUACUGCCAAAGCUAAAGCAGAUGCUAAGGCUCUGUAUGAAGCAGGGGAGAAUAAGUGGGGAACUGAUGAGGAGAAGUUUAUCGACAUCCUGUGCCACAGGAGCGUCCCCCAGCUCAGACAAACUCUGGUAGAGUACAAGAAUUUAAGUAAGAAGACUCUGCAGGAGAGCAUUGAGAGUGAGAUGUCUGGAGACCUGGAGAAGCUUCUUGUGGCCGUUGUGAAGUGUGUGAAGAGCGUCCCUGCAUACAUGGCUGAGAGGCUUUUCAAGGCCAUGAGGGGUGUGGGGACCACAGAGUCCACUCUGACCAGGAUAAUAGUCAGUCGCUCAGAGAUGGAUCUGCUGGACAUCAGAGCAGAGUAUAAGAAGCUGUUUGGAUGCUCCCUUUACUCCCAGUUGGAGUCUGAAGUGUCAAGCAGUUACGGCGACGCCCUCAAGCAUCUAUGUGGCCAAGACGACUAACUCCUCCCAACUCCCAUGAUGAGAAACAUGUGGCGUGAAGUGCAGAUGGGAAGAACCACAGCUAAUGACCAGUCGCUGACCUUUCCAACAGCACCAUAGUGAUACACUUGCUUAGCUGGAACUAACCAUCUAGAAAUGUUUUUGAAUGUGGAAUUCCAGUAAGUGAUGGUUGAAACCACAGAGCUGUGCAGACUGAAUGAUUAACACACACAGACCUAAGAGGUAUAGACAUGAAGAUGAUGUUAAAUGUCUUUGUCAAUUCCACAUUUCUUACGUAUUUUAUCUUUUUGCAUAUUGUAACAUGAAUAUCCUUAAAGUUGGUACACAAAUAACUGAUGUCAUGACUUUCACAUUAAAUAAAAUACAAUACUGUAUUCUA